AUGAAAAUAAUGGUGGAUUUUGAGGAGUGCCUGAAAGACUCGCCUCGUUUCAGAGCCACCAUAGAGGAAGUAGAGGGGGAUGUGUGCGAGUUGGAAUCUAAGCUGGACAAAUUGGUGAAGUUAUGUAUUGGGAUGAUCGAUGCUGGGAAAGCCUACAACGCAGCAAACAAGCAGUUUGUUAAUGGGAUCCGGGAACUUGCUCAGCAGUCCACUAAAGAUGAGGUCAUUGAGUCCAGCCUCACAAAGUUUGCAGAGAGCCUUCAAGAGAUGAUCAACUAUCACACGAUAUUAUUUGAUCAGGCUCAAAGAUCAAUCAAGACUCAGCUUCAACUCUUUGUAAAAGAUGACAUUCGUAAAUUCAAAGAUGCCAAAAAGCAUUUUGACAAGGUGAGCGAAGAGAAGGAGGCAGCGCUUAUCAAGAAUGCCCAGGCUCCUCGUAAUAAACAGCAUGAGGUGGAGGAAGCCACGAACAUCCUCACUGCCACACGCAAGUGCUUCAGGCACAUUGUCCUGGACUAUGUCCUACAGAUUAAUGUGCUGCAGUCCAAAAGAAGAUCAGAAAUCCUUAAAUCGAUGCUAUCCUUUAUGUACGCACACCUGACGUUCUUCCAUCAAGGUUAUGACCUCUUCAGUGAACUGCAGCCCCUCAUGAAACACCUCGGAGGACAGUUGGACCAGCUGGUGGUGGACGCUGCCAAAGAGAAGCGGGACAUGGAGCAAAAGCACUCCACCAUCCAACAGAAGGCUGCUUUACAGGAGGAGUCUUUACCUGACUAUCGCAACUUUUGCGCUUGGAGGUCAUCCUCCGAUUUCUCGAAUGAUGACACAAAGCUGGAGUACAAUGUGGAUGCAGACAACGGCAUUGCAAUGGAGGGGUACCUGUUUAAACGGGCAAGCAACGCAUUCAAAACAUGGAACAGGCGUUGGUUCUCAAUACAGAACAAUCAGCUUGUUUACCAGAAGAAAUUUAAGGACAACCCUACAGUGGUGGUGGAGGACUUACGGCUCUGCACGGUCAAACACUGUGAGGAUAUUGAGCGCCGAUUUUGCUUUGAAGUUGUGUCACCCACAAAGAGUUGUAUGAUGCAAGCCGAUUCUGAAAAACUAAGACAAGCCUGGAUCAAAGCCGUCCAGAACAGCAUUGCCACAGCCUUCCGGGACAAGGGAGAAGAUGCUGAGAAACUAGACAGGAAGUCAUCCACAUCCACUGGUAGCCUGGACUCCGGCGGUGAGACAAAGGAGCGCUCUUUAAAAGGGGAGACGGCUCUUCAGAGAGUAUUGGUGAUCCCAGGGAACUCCUGCUGCUGUGACUGUGGACAGCCAGACCCCCGCUGGGCCAGCAUCAACCUGGGCAUCACGCUCUGUAUCCAGUGCUCCGGCAUCCACAGGAGUCUUGGAGUGCAUUUCUCCAAAGUGCGAUCUCUAACUUUGGAUACAUGGGAGCCAGAACUUCUAAAGUUAAUGUGUGAACUCGGUAAUAAAGUUAUCAACCAGAUUUAUGAGGCGCGACGGGAGGAAUUGGGAGCCAGAAAGCCGAACCCAGGAGACCCAAGGCACGAGGUGGAAGCUUACAUCAAAGCCAAAUACGUGGACCGGCGGUUUGUGCAGCGGCCCACAGACGACCAGCUCCGGUCUAAAGUUGUGUCUUUGAGCAAACAAGAGAAGAGGCUCAGCAGCAGCUCUGAUCAUAUGCCCCGAGCGCCGCCUCCCACCCCCAAAUUGAGACCCGGAUCAAACUCCUCAGGGCAAACAGCUGCUGCCAGUGGCUCCGGGGCGCGCCGUGACUCUCUCUUCUGUCCUGAUGAGCUUGAUUCGCUCUUCUCCUACUUUGACACCUCCUCCAAACUCAGGAACAUCAAAAGUGCAGACAGUGGCAUUCAGAACAGCAGUGAUGAAAGUCGAGAGAUGCCGCCUCAGGCUCCUUCUGCGUCCAACAACAGCCUGGGUGAAGCUGGGAGAGACGCCUCACAUGGAGCACAGGCCCCUGUCCUCGGUGGCGCAGACACUCCGCCGAUGGCCAUGCCCAGCACCCUGCCACCGCCCUCUCCCUGUAAGGACGUGUCCUUCUAUGAGCCAAAGGAGUACAGCCCUGGGCUGCAGCUCUUCUGGGCAUCCUGCGCCCGCAGCCUGCCCGACAUGGCUGAGGCUCUGGCCCACGGAGGAGAGGUGAACUGGGUCAACACGGACGACGAGAAGCGUACGCCGCUAAUCAUGGCUGUGCACGGGGGGUCGCUGGUCACAUGUGAGUUUCUGCUACAAAAUGGAUCCAGUGUAAAUCAGCAGGACGCUCAAGGACGAGGACCUCUCCAUCACGCCACCAUGCUCGGACACACUGGGCAAGUGUGCUUGUUCUUAAAGAGAGGAGCGAAUCAAAAUGCUGCAGACAUAGAUGAGAAAACGCCUCUUUCUAUUGCAGUGGAUGCAGCGAACGCAGACAUCGUCACUCUGCUCAGAUUGGCCAAGAUGAAUGAGGAGAUGCGAGAGGCAGAAGGGCCCUACAGUCAGUCAGGGGAUGAAACGUAUCAAGACAUCUUCCAGGACUUCAGUCACAUGGCGUCCAAUGACCCGGAGAAGCUGAACCGUUACCAGGCCUACGACCACCAGAAACCCUGA